AUGCGUCGUGCUAGAACCCGUGAAAUUAUUCCCUUUGAUCCGGAGAUUGAAAGAACUUUCAGAGCACUAAGAAAGAAGAAGGUACUAGCCAUGGAGAACGGACAACAGAAUGAGCAACCACGUGCCUUGCACGAUUAUAUACGACUAGUUGUGAGUGACAACUACUCGGGUAUUAGACGCCAAACCAUUAAUGCCAACAAUUUUGAGCUCAAACCCGCUUUGAUCAGCAUAGCGCAACAAGCGCAAUUCAGUGGAUCACCACUUGAUGAUCCCAAUAUUCAUUUGACGAUGUUUUUGAAAAUUUGCGACACUAUAAAGAUCAAUGGUGUUACUGAAGACACCAUUAAACUGAGAUUAUUUCCUUUUUCUUUGAGGGUCAAGGCAAGAGUUUAUGUUGCAUCUGGGGGAACUUUGAUGUCAAAGACACUCGAGGGUGCUACUUCUCUUUUGGAAGAGAUGAUCUCAAUUACCUUUCAAUGGCCAACCGAAGGAACUAUGGCUAAGAAAGUUGCUGGAAUUCAUGAAUUGGAGUCGUUUGGUGCCCUUUCAGCUCAAGUUGCUUCUCUAUCCCAUCAGAUUUCAGCUUUGACAACCUAG